AUGGCCACAGACACCCAAGACCGCGGCAUCCGCAUCGCGAUCGACCGAGGCGGCACCUUCACAGACUGCGUCGGCGAGCUCGCCGGCCGCGAGACAAUCAUCAAGCUCCUCUCCGAAGACCCCGCAAACUACGAUGAUGCGCCCCUCGAGGGCAUCCGUCGCAUCAUGUCGCACUUCCUCGACCGCGAGAUCCCCCGCGGCGAGCCCCUCGACACGACCAAGAUCGACUCCAUCCGCAUGGGCACCACCGUCGCGACAAACGCCCUCCUCGAGCGCAAGGGCGAGAAGAUCGCCAUGGUCGUGACCAAGGGCUUCCGCGAUUGUCUGGCCAUCGGCAACCAGAGCCGGCCGAAGAUCUUCGACUUGGCCAUCCGCAAGCCGGAUGUGUUGUACGAGAGGGUCGUCGAGGUCGACGAGAGGGUCACGUUGGAGGAUUACGCGGAGGACCCUACGAGGUCGGUGACGGAGGUCAAGGUCAAGGCGGGGACGGCGGAGGCUGCGACGGAGGAGUUGGUACAAGGGACGAGCGGCGAGGCUGUGAGGAUUCUGCGGCGGCCUGGGGAGGAUGGUAUUAGCAAGCAGUUGCAGGAGGUGUACGACGAGGGUAUAAGGAGCGUCGCCGUUUGCUUGAUGCACGGAUACACAUUCCCUGACCACGAAGCGCUGGUAGGGAAGAUUGCAAAGGACAUUGGGUUCAAGCAUAUAUCGCUCAGCCAUGAGCUGAUGCCGAUGAUCAAGCUGGUAUCGAGAGCGACGUCCGUGUGUGCCGAUGCGUACCUCACGCCCGCGAUCAAAAAGUACAUCUCUGGCUUCCAGGCCGGCUUCGAGGGUGGGCUGGGGACGAGGAGCGUCCAGAACGAAGAGGGCGCGAAAGGUGCCAGGUGCGAAUUCAUGCAGAGCGACGGUGGGCUCGUCGAUGUGGAGAACUUCACCGGUCUCAAGGCCAUCUUGUCCGGACCGGCCGGCGGUGUCGUCGGCUACGCCAUCACCUCUUACGACGAGGAGACCAAGGUUCCCGUGAUCGGCUUCGACAUGGGCGGCACGAGCACGGACGUCUCGAGAUUCGGAGAGGGGAGGUACGAGCACGUGUUCGAGACGACCACCGCCGGCGUGACUAUCCAGUCGCCGCAGCUGGACAUCAACACGGUUGCCGCGGGAGGCGGGUCGAUGCUGUUCUGGAAGAACGGCCUCUUCGUGGUCGGGCCGGAGUCGGCGGGCGCGCAUCCCGGCCCGGCCUGCUACCGAAAAGGAGGUCCGGCUACCGUGACGGACGCGAAUCUCUAUCUCGGUCGCCUGCUGCCGGAGUUCUUCCCCAAGAUCUUUGGCGAGAACGAGGACCAGGGACUUGACCCAGAGGCGAGCCGGAAGGUCUUGCAAGAGCUCGCGGACCAGGUCAACAAGGAGACCGGGAAGAACAUGAGUGUCGACGAGGUCGCGUACGGCUUUCUGACCGUGGCGAACGAGACCAUGACCCGACCCAUCAGGUCCAUCACGGAAGCCAAGGGCCACGAUUCGUCAAAGCACCGUCUUGCGACCUUUGGCGGCGCCGGAGGCCAGCAUGCCGUCGCCAUUGCGGAAGCGCUGGGCAUCCAGCAGAUUCUCAUCCAUAGAUACUCAUCCGUUUUAUCGGCGUACGGCAUGGCACUAGCCGAUGUCGUCGAUGAGAGGCAGGAGCCCGACUCCAAGGUGUGGGAGUAUCCCGGCAAAGCGACCGACGAGCUCAAGAGUAAGAUGGAGAAGCUCAAGGAGAAGUCGCGCGACGCGCUGCACGCCCAGGGCUUUGAGGACAAGGAGAUCGUGUUCGAGGAGUAUCUCAACAUGCGCUACCGAGGCACGGAGUCGGCCUUGAUGAUCGUCAAGCCGGACCAGGGUGAGGAUGUCAAGGAGUGGGACUUCGGAACCGCGUUCAUUCAGCAGCAUCGCUACGAGUUCGGCUUUACGCUGGAUGAUCGCGACAUCAUUGUUGAUGACGUACGUGUUCGUGGUAUUGGCAAGAGCUUCCGGCACUCGGAGAAGACGGUCGAUCAGCAGUUGAAGGAACUGAAGAAGAAGGAUGUGGACUCGAGUAAGGCACACAGCCACCAGAAGGUGUACUUUGAGGAGGGCAGGCUCGACAACCCUGUGUACAAGUUGGAGAACCUGAGCACGGGUGAGACGAUAAAGGGGCCUGCGAUGCUGGCGGAUGGAACGCAGACUAUUGUGGUCACGCCGAAGGCCACUGCGUUGAUUCUUGAUACCCAUGUCGUUAUUGAUAUUGAAAAGGAGGGAUCAAAGGAUGAAGGAGCAAGCAAGAAAGAAGGAGAACGCGAUGUCGACCCCAUCAUGCUGAGCAUCUUCGGCCACAGAUUCAUGGCUAUUGCGGAACAGAUGGGCAGAGCGCUCCAGAAGACCAGCGUGAGCACCAACGUCAAAGAACGGCUCGACUUCUCCUGCGCCAUCUUCGACGCCAACGGAGGCCUCGUGGCCAACGCGCCGCAUCUGCCAGUGCACUUGGGCUCCAUGUCUACCUGCGUCAAGCGACAGGCCGAGAUCUGGAAGGGCGACCUCAAGAAAGGAGACGUCAUCAUAUCGAACCACCCGUCGUACGGCGGUACCCACCUACCGGACAUCACCCUCGUCAUGCCCGCCUUCAACGAAAAGGGGGACAAGAUCCUCUUCUACGCCGCCUCGAGAGCGCACCACGCAGAUAUCGGCGGCAUCACGGCCGGCAGCAUGCCGCCUCAUUCCAAGGAGCUCUUCCAGGAAGGCGCCGCAAUCAAGAGCGAGAAGCUCGUCAGCGAAGGCCGCUUUGACGAGAAGCGCGUCACUGAGCUUCUGUACAACGAACCGGCGCAGUAUCCCGGAUGCAGCGGUACGCGCUGCUUGGCUGACAACAUCAACGACCUCAGGGCCCAGGUGUCUGCCAACCAGAAGGGUAUUGCGUUGAUUGAAGGAUUGAUCGAGGAGUAUGGAGAGGAGACUGUGCAGUUCUACAUGGUCAACAUCCAGAACAACGCCGAGCUUUGCGUUCGCAACUUGUUGAAGCAGGUGAGCAAGCGCUUCGAGGGCAAAGACCUUCAAGCGGUGGAUUUCAUGGAUGAUGGCAGCCCGAUCCGCCUCAAGGUCACGAUAGACGCUGAGAAGGGCGAGGCCGUCUUCGACUUUGAGGGGACCGGGCCCGAGGUGUAUGGCAACGUCAACGCUCCCGAGGCGGUCACGUACAGCGCCAUCAUCUACUGCCUCAGAUGCCUCAUCUCGGAAGACAUUCCCCUGAACCAAGGCUGUCUCAAACCCGUCAACGUCAAAAUCCCGCCCAAAUCGCUGCUGUCGCCCUCAGACGGCGCCGCGGUGGUCGGCGGGAACGUGCUCACGUCCCAGCGCGUGACGGACGUCAUCUUCAAGGCGUUCCAGGCCUGUGCGGCGAGCCAGGGAGACUGCAACAACCUCACGUUCGGCUUCGGCGGUAACGUCACGGGGCAGAAGGAGGUCAAGGGGUUCGGGUACUACGAGACCAUCGCGGGCGGCAGCGGCGCCGGGCCGACGUGGGAGGGGACCAGCGGGGUGCACACGCACAUGACCAACACGCGCAUCACCGACUCGGAGGUCUUCGAGAGGCGGUACCCCGUCAUACUGCGCGAGUUCUCGCUCCGCAAGGGGUCCGGCGGGGAGGGCCGGCACCGCGGCGGCGACGGCGUCGUUCGCGACAUCGAGUUCCGCAUCCCGGUGCAGGUGUCCAUCCUCAGCGAGCGCAGGGUCUACCGGCCGUACGGGCUCGCGGGUGGCGGGGACGGCGAGGCGGGGCUGAACGUGUGGGUUCGGAAGGUCGAGAAGGGCAGCUGGGAGAAGUCGUUGAAGAGGCUCAAGGGCGGCAGCGGCGCCGGGAAGGAAGGGGAGGAGGCCGAGUACGAGGAGCGCAGGUUCAACCUGGGCGCCAAGAACAGCGCGCCUAUGAAGCCCGGGGAGAGGAUCAUUGUGAACACGCCUGGCGGGGGCGGAUGGGGGAGAGUCGGGGAGGAGAAGGGGGUUAGUAGGGCGAGGGAUCCGACGGAGGGGUGGAGAAAGGGGAGUCAUGCUAAUCGAGAGGAUAUGGCGCUGCAGGUUUAG